AUGAUUGCCAAAUACUUCCCUUGGAAUUUAAAUAAAAUAUGGAACAUUUAUAUGGCAAAACGUAAUAUUUUUAUUAGCAAAGCAUAUUUUAAUAAAGACGAUUCGAGUUCUGAUGAUAAAUGUAAAAAAUCAAAAAAAUCUGUACCGGUUGUCAAAGGAUUGUCAGAAGCUGUUUGUUGUGUUCCUAACACACCUGUAGGCCCAGGUGCGGCAAAGUGUGCAGAUUAUAAAAAUCCAGAAUAUUUCUGUUACCAUAAGUAUAGUUUCAAUGAGGCGGAGGUUGAACUGAAAAAAUACAGAACAUAUUCUCAAGGUUCUAAUAAAUGUUCAAAGAAAUAA